AUGAGAAGUAAGAUGUCACCGUUCCGCAGGAAAAAGUCGGGAAAAUCCUUCCCCGUGAAGGUCUGCACCUUGGACGCGGAGCUCGAGUUCAACCUGGAGUGGAGGUCGACAGGCAGAGAUCUGUUCGAUCUGGUGUGUCGCACAAUAGGAUUGAGAGAAACAUGGUACUUUGGGCUUCAGUACGAGGAUGCCAAAGGCUUUAUCUCCUGGCUGAAACUAGACAAGAAAGUCCAGGAUCAAGGUAUUUCGCAACAACCGACGACACCCUUUAUGUUUCUGGCCAAAUUCUAUCCUGAGGAUGUAUCCGAAGAGCUUGUGCAAGAGGUUACUCAACAUCUAUUUUUCCUACAAGUGAAACAGGCUAUACUGUCCAUGGACAUUUAUUGUCCACCUGAGGCUUCUGUUUUGCUAGCUUCCUAUGCUGUUCAGGCAAAGUACGGCGAUUAUGACGAAGUUUCAUAUCGUCCGGGAAUGCUUGCCAGCGAAGAUCUGCUUCCACAGAGAGUGAUAGAUCAGUACCAAAUGACUCCUGAGAUGUGGGAGGAUAGGAUAAAAAUUUGGUAUGCUGAUCAUCGUGGCAUGUCUAGGGACGAGGCGGAAAUGGAAUACCUUAAAAUCGCCCAGGAUCUCGAUAUGUACGGCGUUAACUAUUUUCCUAUUAGUAAUAAAAAGGAAACGGAUCUUUGGCUCGGAGUCACGGCCUUGGGAUUAAAUAUUUAUGAGAAGGAGAACAAACUAGCGCCGAAGACCACGUUCACAUGGUCGGAGAUCCGUCACAUCAGCUUCGACGACAAGAAGUUUGUAAUCAAACCCGUGGAGAAAACGUCGCCGAACUUCGUGUUCUUCUCGCAGAAAGUUCGCAUGAACAAAUUGGUAAAGAAACAGUCAGAUGUUGGCGGCUGGGUGAAGGGUUUGAUAGCUUUAGGGUUGGACGAACAUGAUAGUGACAAAACUGCUCACGUAUUAUUUGUUAAGAUCCUGGACCUGUGUAUUGGCAACCAUGAUCUAUUUAUGAGGAGGCGUAAACCGGACUCCAUGGAGGUUCAACAGAUGAAGGCGCAGGCCAAGGAAGAGAAACAGAGGAGGCAAGUCGAAAGAAGUAAACUAGCGCGAGAGAAACAGCUGAGAGAAGCGGCUGAAAGAGAAAAAGCUGUAAUGGAACAGCGGCUUCUGCAGUACCAAGAAGAGAUUCGACUUGCUAACGAAGCUCUUAGGAGAUCUGAAGAAACGGCAGAUCUUUUAGCUGAGAAAAGUCGCGUAGCCGAGGAAGAGGCGAUGCUUCUAAGUCAGAAAGCGUCGGAAGCCGAGCAAGAGAUCACUCGUAUACGGUUGAACAACAUGAAGACUGAAGAAGAGAAAGUCCAUUUGGAACGAAAAACUAGAGAGGCUGAAUUACUAACAGAAAGACUGGUCCAAGAAUCGGAGCGCAGAGCUGUCGAAGCGGAGAAGUUGAAGGACGAAUUAUUACGUGCGAGAAUCGCUGAGAAAGAAGCCAAGGAAAAGCUGUUAGAGUUCCUCAGUAGAAACGCUUAUAGUGCUACCAUACCUCCUGUGUCGAACUUGUUUCCCUCGACACAAGUUUUACCAUCGGACCUACAAGCGGAUCUUCAAAAUAUUCAGCUCGAUGCAGAACCUUUGCCUGACCUGCGCUCUUACGAUCUCAUCGCCGAGGGAGACGUCGACCAACUCUCGUUGGAAAUCGAGAAGGAGAGAGUCGAUUACUGGGAGAAGAGUAAGCAUCUGCAGGAACAGUUAAGAGAGUUACGUACUGAGAUUGAAGUUAUGAAGGUUGGCGAGAAGCAGUGUGAGUUAGACCAAUUGCAUGAAGAACAGGUUCGGCUCGGUGAGAACAAGUAUAGCACGCUAAAGAAGGUGAAAUCCGGCUCUACUAAAGCUAGAGUCGCCUUCUUCGAGGAAUUAUAAUACAAGUAUGCGAAAUAUUCUUCCGUAAGAACUUCUUUGAGGCGGCAAUGCCGAUUGGAUCCCCUCCUCUCUGAAUGUUGAAUAAAGUACUAGUAAAAUUC